GGUGCCGGUCCUGGUUCUGCUCACGAACAACCGGGGCUGCGGCGGCUCUCAGGAUGGUGGCGGCGCUGAGAAGCCGGGUCCAGGCCGGGCUGCUCCUGCUCCUUGUCGCCCAGGAAGCCAUGAAAACCAUAUACAGCACUAUACAGAGACAGAAAAUAAACGUGGAGACAUCUGCAAAAUGGAGUUCAGGCACAGCAAUGCUCAGUGUCACCACACCUAAGUUCCUUUGUGAAGCUCCCACUCUCUACACGGGUUUUGUGAGGAUAUAUGCAUUAAAGAUUGUGCGGCAUUAAGGGUGUGUUGCGAGUAUGGCAUGGUACAUGUUCUUUCAGAGAAGGAGAGCAGUAAAGGAAAGGACUACUGUAUCCUCUUCAACUCUCAGUGGGCCCACUUGCCGCAUGACCUAGGAAAAGCUUCCCUCUUGCAGCUUCAGGAUCAAACAGCAUCUGUCUUGUGUUCUCCUUCUGAUGUACCAGAUGGGGGAUUUCAUAACAGAAUCCCUAUGGUGAUGCGGGGGAACUGCACCUUCUAUGAGAAAGUCAGGCUAGCUCAGAUCAAUGGAGCCCGUGGGUUGCUGAUAGUCAGUAGAGAGAAACUGGCUCCCCCAAAAGGUAACUGGAGCCAGUAUGAAGAGAUUGAUAUUCCUGUGGCUUUGCUCAGCUACACUGACAUGUUAGAUAUUGGAAAGAGUUUUGGCAGAUCAGUGAAGGUGGCAAUGUAUGCGCCAAAUGAGCCUGUUCUUGACUAUAACAUGGUGAUUAUCUUUGUAAUGGCUGUGGGCACUGUUGCAAUUGGAGGCUAUUGGGCAGGAAGCAGGGAUGUGAAAAAGCGAUACAUGAAGCACAAACGAGACGAUGGGGCAGAAAAACAUGAUGAUGAAACAGUUGAUGUCACUCCCAUCAUGAUCUGUGUAUUUGUGGUGAUGUGCUGCUCUAUGCUGGUCCUUCUUUAUUUCUUCUAUGACCACUUAGUCUAUGUUAUUAUAGGGAUUUUCUGCCUGGCUGCCUCCAUUGGUCUCUACAGUUGUCUGUCACCCUUUGUAAGAAGAUUCCCACUGGGGAAGUGCAGAAUCCCUGACAACAACUUGCCAUAUUUUCACAAGCGUCCACAGGUCCGGAUGUUGCUUCUGGCUGUAUUUUGUAUCUCUAUUAGUGUGGUUUGGGGAGUCUUCAGAAAUGAAGAUCAGUGGGCAUGGGUUUUGCAAGAUGCUCUAGGAAUCGCCUUCUGCCUUUACAUGUUGAAAACAAUCCGCCUACCUACAUUCAAGGGUUGCACCUUGCUCCUGAUGGUUCUUUUUGUGUAUGAUGUGUUCUUCGUAUUCAUCACACCUUUUCUAACAAAGACAGGGCAGAGUAUAAUGGUGGAGGUGGCUGCGGGCCCGACUGACUCUGCCACUCAUGAAAAGCUCCCCAUGGUCCUGAAGGUUCCAAGACUGAACUUUUCACCGUUGGCUCUUUGUGAUAGGCCUUUUUCCCUCCUAGGAUUUGGAGACAUCUUAGUUCCAGGCUUACUGGUAGCCUACUGCCAUAGAUUUGAUAUUCAGGUGCAAUCCUCCAGAGUCUAUUUUGUAGCCUGCACUAUAGCAUAUGGCAUUGGCCUUCUGGUGACCUUUGUAGCCUUGGCAUUGAUGCAGAUGGGUCAGCCAGCUCUGCUCUACUUGGUGCCCUGUACCCUUAUCACUAGCUUUGCUGUGGCUCUUUGGCGUAAGGAGCUUGCAAUGUUCUGGACGGGCAGCGGCUUUGCGAAAGACCUACCUCAUCCUCCAUUGGUGCUGGCUCCUGUCAGUUGCCCCAACCCCCCCAAAGAUACGAAUGCACCAGCAUCUCAACAAGAAGCAGAACAACAAAUGACCAACCCCACGCUUCAUGCAGAUGAUCGAAAUAACCCUUCCCAGUGUGCAGAGGAGCUGCCUAACUUGAAUACCAAGGAGCUGACCAAUCCCAGCAUUCGAGCAGAACAGCCACAAAUUUCCAUCCCACAAAUAGAACAACAAACCAGUCAGAACAAGGAUGAUCCUGAAAGCAAGAGCCUAACAGUAGAAAAGAACCAGCUGGAUUAGAUGAUGAAAUAGGAAAUCCUCUCUCCCCCCUCCCCCCCAUCACCAAACUUCCCCACAUAAAAUCAGAAAACCAGUAUGUAGACUGGUUCAGUAGUGUUCACAUUCAUUGAGGACCCUCACUGGGAAUCUGAUCAUCAAAUGCAAGGAUAUUCUGCCUUUGACUUCAGAUACAGCUAUACAUUUCAAACAGCUUUCUGAAAUAUGGUGCUUUACAAAAAUUCUGAUGUAUAAAUUUCAGUGAUCAUUUUAUUACUUGGAUGCCUUUUACCUUUCCUAUUUCAUUAUACUAGGGUAAUAUUAAGAAUUUUUAUUUAUACAGUACUCUGGGCUUGUGUGGCUGUUGUGCUGCUUUAGUAUAGUGUAGAUUAAUGUGGAGGAUAAGCAUUGGACAAGUCUGCUACAAUGCUAAGAGGGGAGAAAUACUGUAGUUUUAUAGAUUUUCCCUCCUUGAUACUUUUAAAUUUCUGCUUGUAAAAGCCAUUGAUGCAAGUGAAUGGUUUAGUAUAAAUUGACACUCAAGAAAUGUUGAGAACUGGUUAAAUUACCAGUCUUCUGAAAGGAUUUGUUUUACCAUGGUGCAUUAAAUGCAUCUCUUUCCUCAACUUUUUUUUUUCCACUUCCAGGUGCCUGGGUUGAAUGAUAUUCUAGAUUAAAAGGCAGGAUGCAUUGAUCUCCAGUAAGCACUGUAAGCACUCCUAUGAAUUCUAGGGUCUGUCUUUGAAAUAAAACGUUCACUGAGUGGACCUUGCAGAAUAA